AUGGAAGUCGCUACACAAUACCCUGAUUCGGAGGUUCUUGGCAUCGAUGUAAGCCCACACAUGAUACCAGAAAACCCUCCUGACAAUAUGGAGCUUCAGGUUGAUGACUUGAACGCGAGAUUCACAUUCAAGUCCAACCACUUUGAUCUGGUCCAUAGUCAGAUGGUAGCAGGAGGAAUCCAUGCAAAUCGAUGGAGAAGCUAUGUCCGAGACAUCUUCCGCGUCUUGAAGCCUGGUGGCUGGUGUCAGAUUGUCGAGAUAUAUUUCAAUGCCCAAUCUGAUAAUGGCACAUUGACCCCUGGUAGAUCAUGCUUUGUCGCAGUGGUCAAGACAAUACUUGGAAAGUCAAGAGCCACACCACGACCCGCGAGCACCAUUGCAAAUGGCAAGCUGGAUGAGAAGUGCUGGCUUUACCGAAGUCGAAUCGAGACUCAUGACAUUACCGAUGUGCGGAUGUCUUUCACCGAUUUCCAACUUUUGGUAGCCCAAGCGAGGAGCGAAGCAAGCAACCCGGCUUUCAAGGUAAGAUUCGAAUUUCUUGUGUUGUGA